CUCUCUCUCCUCACAGAAACUCAUCUCUCUCUCUCUCUCUCUCUCUCUCUCUCUCUCAGAUUCUCUCUCUAUCACUUUCUCUCUCCUCUGAACUCUCUGCAACUGAUUCCCAGAUCAUUUACUCCCUCCCUCUCUCUCUCAGAUUCUCUCUCUCCAACCUUUUCGCUGAUUUCUCCACUUCUGACCAUUUUCUUCAAUUCAUUCAUCAAUCCCCCCCAAAAAGCUGCUAUUUUCUCUCUCCUCUUUUCUUUUUUCCGGCGCUAGUCAAUCGACGUUUGACUUUCAAUUGACCUCAAAAGAAAUUAAAAAAAUAAUUCCACUAUUUUUUUUUUGUUUUCUUUCGCAUUUUCGAUUUCGAUUUUGUAAUUCUUGUCAUUUCUUAGUGUUAAUUCAGCUUGAAUUAAGCUGCUUAUUGAAUAAAUAAAUGGCGGAAAUCCGAAGUUUCUGGAUUGCUUGAUGAAGUGGAAAUUGAUUUGAUGAAAUUCUGCAACAUUUUGUUGAAGAAUUUGAUGUAUGGAAGGGUUUCAUUACUUUGAGAAUGGAUGAAUUGAGUUUAAGUUGAUUUUCUUUAGUUUUUUCUGUUUGAUUUUUGGGGCAAAAGUCUGAUUUCUGAGCUCGAUUUUUUGCGGAGAUGGAUAGAAUGACUACAGAUCUUACUCGCAAUGGCCCUGUUGAAAGAGAUAUUGAGCAGGCAAUUACUGCCCUUAAAAAAGGUGCAUAUCUGCUUAAGUAUGGAAGAAGAGGAAAGCCAAAGUUCUGUCCAUUCCGGCUAUCGAAUGAUGAAUCUGUUUUGAUAUGGUUCUCGGGGAAAGAGGAGAAGCACCUGAAGCUGAGCCAUGUAUCCAGAAUUAUUUCUGGCCAGCGCACACCAAUUUUUCAAAGAUAUCCUCGACCUGAGAAGGAAUAUCAGUCAUUUUCUCUCAUAUAUAAUGAUAGAUCGUUGGACUUGAUUUGCAAGGACAAGGAUGAAGCUGAAGUAUGGUUUAGUGGUCUCAAAGCUUUGAUUUCGAGGAGUCAUCAGAGGAAGUGGAGAACGGAAUCAAGGAGCGAUAGCAUUCCAUCUGAAGCAAAUAGUCCUAGGACCUAUACACGAAGAAGCUCUCCUUUACACUCUCCCUUUGCUAGUGGAGAUGGCUUGCAAAAGGAUAGCAGCGAUCACCUUCGUCUCCAAAGCCCAUACGGCAGCCCCCCUAAAAAUGCUCUGGACACAGCAUUUUCAGAUGUGAUGUUCACUGCGCCUCCUAAAGGUUUUUUCCCUUCAGAUUCUGCUACUAUGUCAGUCCAUUCCAUCUCAUCAGGUUCAGAUAGUGUAUAUAAUCACAUGAAAGGAAUGGGUCCAGAUACUUUUAGAGUCAGUCUAUCAAGUGCUGUUAGCUCAUCAAGUCAAGGUUCUGGUCUUGACGAGGGGGAUGCCCUGGGUGAUGUUUUCAUCUGGGGAGAAGGUACAGGAGAUGGUGUAUUGGGUGGUGGAGUGCGUAGACUAGGUAGUUGUUUUGGUAAUAAGAUCGAUUCUUUGUUGCCUAAGGCAUUAGAGUCUGCUGUAGUCCUGGAUGUCCAGAACAUAGCUUGUGGCGGACGGCAUGCAGCUUUAGUUACCAAGCAAGGAGAGAUUUUUUCAUGGGGUGAGGAAACUGGCGGCAGACUGGGGCAUGGGGUGGAUGCUGAUGUAUCACAUCCAAAGCUCAUUGACGCCCUAAACACCACCAACAUUGAGCUAGUAGCAUGUGGGGAGCAUCAUACUUGUGCUGUCACCCUUUCUGGUGAAUUGUACACCUGGGGUGAUGGUGCUUUCAAUUUUGGCCUUCUUGGGCAUGGAAAUGAUGUUAGCCACUGGGUCCCGAAAAGAGUGAAUGGUCCAUUAGAGGGCAUACAUGUCUCAUACAUCUCGUGUGGACCUUGGCACACAGCUGUUGUGACCUCUGCUGGGCAAUUAUUUACUUUUGGAGAUGGCACAUUCGGUGUUUUGGGCCAUGGAGACCGUAAAAGUGUUUCCAUGCCCAGAGAAGUGGAUUCUCUAAAGGGUCUUCGCACAGUUCGAGCUGCUUGUGGUGUCUGGCAUACUGCUGCAGUUGUGGAAGUUAUGGUGGGCAGUUCAGGGUCCAGCAACUGCUCUUCAGGUAAGCUAUUUACUUGGGGUGAUGGAGAUAAAGGUCGACUUGGGCAUGGUGAUAAGGAAGCAAAACUUGUGCCCACGUGUGUUGCUGCCCUCGUUGAGCCUACUUUUUGUCAGGUUGCCUGUGGACAUAGCAUAACAGUUGCACUUACAACUUCUGGUCAUGUUUAUACAAUGGGUAGCCCUGUUUAUGGCCAGCUUGGUAAUCCUCAUAGUGAUGGGAAGCUUCCAACACGUGUGGAAGGAAAGAUCCUAAAGUGUUUUGUAGAGGAGAUAGCUUGUGGUGCUUAUCAUGUUGCUGCCUUGACCUCAAGAACUGAAGUUUACACGUGGGGUAAGGGUGCCAACGGACGAUUAGGUCAUGGGGAUACAGAAGAUCGAAAUGGGCCCACAUUAGUAGGAGCUCUGAAGGAUAAACAAGUGAGAAGUAUUGCUUGUGGUACAAACUUCACUGCCGCAAUCUGUCUGCAUAAGUGGGUCUCGGGGGUCGAUCAGUCAAUGUGUUCUGGGUGUCGCUUGCCGUUUAACUUCAAAAGAAAACGGCAUAACUGCUACAAUUGUGGGCUUCUAUUUUGUCAUUCGUGUAGUAGUAAGAAGUCUUUCAAGGCUUCUAUGGCGCCUAAUCCAAACAAACCUUAUCGGGUCUGUGAUAAUUGCCUUGCUAAACUUAGAAAAGCAGUUGAGACUGGUGCUUCUACCCGCUCCUCUGCUAGUAGAAGAGGAAUUGUGAAUCAAGGGAGUGAGUCAAAUGAGAGAGAGGACAAGCUUGAUUCUGGAUCUCGUGGUCAGCUUGCAAGAUACUCUUCAAUGGACUCCUCGGAAGGUCGAUCUAAGAAAAACAAGAAGUAUGAAUAUGAUAGCAGUCGCGUAUCACCUAUACCAAAUGGAGGGUCACAAUGGGGAGCUAAUAUAUCUAGAUCUUUUAAUCCCAUGUUUGGUUCAUCAAAGAAAUUUUUCUCUGCUUCAGUUCCGGGAUCCAGAAUAGUUUCUCGAGCAACAUCACCAAUCUCUAGACGACCAAGUCCUCCUCGUUCAACAACACCUACCCCAACCCUCUCAGGACUCAUGUCUCCAAAAGUGACUGUUGAUGAUGCCAAGCGGGCCAAUGAUGGCCUUAGCCAGGAGGUUAUCCGAUUGAGAGCACAGGUGGAAACUCUCACUCGCAAAGCCCAGGUUCAAGAAGUUGAAUUGGAAAGAACAAACAAACAACUAAAGGAGGCGAUUGCAAUAGCAGGUGAAGAGACUGCGAAAUGCAAAGCGGCUAAGGAAGUGAUUAAAUCACUAACUGCCCAGCUAAAAGAGAUGGCUGAAAGGCUGCCUGUUGGAGCUACACGAAACAACAAGUCUCCUUCAUUUCCAUCGUUGUCCUCCUCCACCCCUACUUUUGCAGACAUCUCGAAUUCCUCAAUUGAACAAUUUAAUGAUCAGAUAAUACCUAGCCUUGACUCAUUUGGUUUUAACGGUCUGGUUCUUUCAAACGGGUCAGCCACCCCUAGUAGCCGUAGUUCUGUUCAAAGUAGAAUAGUUAAUUCAGAGGCAACAAGAAAUGGAAAUAGAACUCGAGAAGGUGAACCUCGUCCAGAGAACGAAUGGGUUGAGCAAGAUGAGCCCGGUGUAUAUAUUACAUUUGUCUCCUUACCUGGCGGUAUCAAGGAUCUAAAGAGAGUUCGUUUUAGCCGGAAAAGGUUUAGUGAAAAGCAAGCAGAACAAUGGUGGGCAGAAAACCGAGCAAGAGUAUACGAACACUACAAUGUUCGUACAGGUACAGGUGAUAAGUCGAGUAUUGGUGUUGAAAGUGAACUUGGCUCAUUCAUCACCGAUAAAUGAUAUCUGUAUUUAGACCUCGGGAAUUUUAUGCAUUCUGUUGGCUCAUUCAUCACCGAUACAUGAUUUCUGUACAACCUCGGGAAUUUUACUCAUUCUUCAAGUUUCUCUCUCCUACAACGAAUGCAUUCUGUUGUUCCACACGAUUUUGUGCUGAUCUUUGAAGCUAUGAAUCUCGGACUAAUAUUAACACAGUCCAGAUCGAUAUGCAGAGGUUCGAUUUGUUUUUCUUUGAUUCUUUUUUUUCUUCUAGUCUUCUUCCCCCUUCUCCAAAUCCAAUUCUUGUAAUUUUCUUGAAAUUUCUUUUUCAAAAUUGUGAGAUGUGUGAGGAUUGAGGGCGAGAAAUGUAAAUUCAAUAUAUAGGGUUGCUGGCUAUUGUUGGAAAGUUGAUGCCUUGUAAAUUUCUGAUAUAAUGAAAGCAAUUUUCAGGUUUUCUUCUAACCUUCUUAACUUGGUUGGAUAUAGGCCAUUCCGCAGUGAUUGUUCUUUUCAGAUGUUGAUUUUAGGUGCAUUUUCGGUAAUUUCGUGAUUAAUGUACAAAUUGUUCUCUUCAGAUGUUGA